AUGCGUUCGCAUGCCGGAGCAAAACCAUAUGCUUGUGAAAUAUGUGGGAAAGAUUUUGCAAAGCUGAAUCACUUGAAGAAGCACAUGCAAACGCAUACUGGGGGAAAACCUCAUGCUUGGGAAAUAUGUGAAAAUUAUUUUGCAAGAGCAGAAUACCUAAAGCGCCAUGGCCAUACCAAAGAAAGAACUUAUGCUUGUGAAAUAUGUGGGAAAGAUCUUGUCAGGACAGGUGAUUUGAAAACGCACACAAGAAUUCAUACUGGAGAAAAAUCAUUUGGAGAAGCACAUGCAAACGCAUAUUGGGGAAAAACCUCAUGCUUGUGA